GCGGCAGCCGGCCGUCACCAUAGGCCGCAACUCCUCACAGGGCUCCGUGGACGUCAACAUGGGGCACUCCAGCUUCAUCUCGCGGCGGCACCUGCAGCUCAGCUUCCAGGAGCCGCACUUCUACCUGCGCUGCCUCGGCAAGAACGGCGUCUUCGUGGACGGCGCCUUCCAGCGCCGCGGCGGCCCGGCCCUGCAGCUCCCGCCGCAAUGUACUUUCCGAUUUCCUAGCACGGUUAUAAAGAUCCAGUUCACAUCUUUAUACCAUAAAGAGGAAGUAAAAGAGGAAGCCUCAACACAUCCCCUUCGGCCACUUUACCCUCAAAUUUCACCUCUGAAGAUUCACAUCCCGGAGCCGGAUCUCCGGAGCGUGGUCAGUCCCCUCCCAUCCCCCACAGGCACUAUCAGUGUUCCCAACUCUUGCCCAGCCAGUCCACGUGGUGCUGGAUCCUCAGGAUAUCGUUUUGUUCACAACAUUACCUCGGAUCUGCAGCUGGCAGCAGAGUAUGCAGCAAAGGCAGCAUCAGAGCAGCAGGCAGAUGCAUCUGGCGGGGACAGCCCAAAGGAUGAAUCCAAGCCACCCUAUUCUUAUGCUCAGCUAAUUGUGCAGGCUAUAUCUUCAGCACAGGACAGGCAAUUAACACUAAGUGGGAUCUAUGCCCACAUUACCAAGCAUUAUCCGUAUUACAGGACUGCUGACAAAGGCUGGCAGAAUUCCAUUCGGCACAACCUCUCCUUGAACCGUUACUUUAUUAAAGUCCCACGCUCCCAAGAAGAGCCUGGAAAGGGCUCCUUUUGGCGAAUUGACCCUGCCUCUGAAGCCAAACUUGUAGAACAAGCAUUUAGAAAAAGAAGGCAAAGAGGAGUGUCCUGCUUCCGAACACCUUUUGGGCCUCUCUCCUCCAGGAGUGCUCCUGCCUCCCCUACUCACCCUGGCCUGCUGUCCCCUCACUCUAGUGGCCUACAGACUCCAGAGUGCCUGUCACGGGAGGGCUCACCCAUUCCACACGAUCACGACUUUGGGUCAAAGUUAGCCUCAGUUCCAGAGUAUCGGUAUUCCCAGAGUGCACCCGGAUCUCCAGUGAGUGCCCAGCCAGUGAUUAUGGCUGUUCCUCCCCGACCAUCCACCCUGGUGGCCAAACCAGUGGCCUACAUGCCAGCAUCCAUAGUGACUUCUCAGCAGCCUUCGUGCCACGCAAUCCACGUCGUUCAGCAAGCUCCCACAGUUACCAUGGUCCGAGUGGUGACCUCCUCUGCAAACUCUGCAAAUGGAUACAUCCUCACAAACCAGGGCACAGCAGGAGGAGCUCAUGAAGCUGCAGGAGCAGUGUUGGACUUAGCUGCUGACCACCGAGGCAUGGACGAGAAGCCAACGAUCGCAUUUGCCACGAUCCCCACAGCCAGCCGUGUUAUCCAGACCGUGGCCAGUCAGAUGGCCCAGGGUGUCCCUGGGCAGACUGUCACCAUCCUGCAGCAGGCAGCUCCGGUGGCCCUGGGCCAGCACCAGCUCCCGGUGCGGGCGGUCACCCAGAAUGGCAAACACGCCGUGCCCACCAACAGCAUCGCCGGCAGCGCCUACGCUCUUACAAAUCCACUGCAGCUCCUUGCAGCCCAGGCCAGCUCGUCCACUCCUGUUGUAGUCAGCCGGGUCUGCGAGCCAGGGACCGAAGAGACGGCAGCAGCCUCCUCCAGUGAGCCUGAAGUGAAAAGACCACGGAUAGAAGAGCCCAGUGGUGCAGUGCCAGCCCAGACUGGAGUCAUCACAUCCACAGUGCCACAAGGACAGGCAACCAGUGAAUGAAGAACCGGUGGGAGGAGCUGGAGUGAUGGCGGGGUGGGCAUGGGAUGGCAGGAGCCCUAAAGCAGCUUUCACAGGAAACCAACCACAACUGUAACAGCUCAAAACACAGCUGAUAAAGAGCUCUUUUUAAAGGCAGAUUUUUCAAUGGGAGGGCAAGAGCUAUUAGAAUCACAAGGUGCCAAAAAGAAUGGAAAAAUCCCUCCCAAGAACCCAUAUCUGGAACUCUGUUCUGUCUCUACUUACGGGAUAUUUUUUUCCUUUUUCUCUUUUUUUUUUUUUUUUUUUUUUUUUUUAAGAUUCAGAAAAAUACAGACAACUGAUUGUAUGACUGCUGGGAUAUUUUUAACUGUCUUUUCCCCUUUUGGCUCUGAGGGGAUGGAAUUUGCAGUUCAGAACCUAAAGGAAUGUAAUACAAAUACAGUCUGCUCCCUGGAAAGAAAACUCCUCACGUUCUAUGCCUUAAUACCACACUUCUGAGAGCUUUCAACCGUAGGACCAUUUUAAAAAGGUCACCUAAGGCAAUCAAAUGCUGAAAGAUGGGUGCAGUAUCUCACAACAACAUUAAAGAAACAUGGUACCAAGCUUAAAAACAAAAGGCAAAUUAUUCUGUUUUUUUAAAACAGAAAAUUCUGAAUAUAAAUGUUUAUUUAUAUGGGGAUUCAGGAGGAAGAGUUACAGGGCUCAGCCACCUGGAUUUCCAGAUGCAAUUUCUCUCCGUUCCCUCUGAGGGAGAAUAAAUAGGAUGCCAGAGGAACUGUAUUAACUUGGUUCCUGUAAAGAUGUUAAAAACAAAGGGGUUUGUAUCUUUACAAAUAAUUUCUUACAAUUAUUCAUCACUUGCUCUGGACAACAGCCAAAGUAUCGUGAUGCCUGGGGAUCACGUGGGGAAAGGUGUCUCCGGGAGGUUCUGUGUGCAUUUGAUUGAUCACAGCUUGUGUGGAGCACCAGCUUUUGCUCAAAUUAGCACUAUAGUGAAGGCAUGGCCACUGUCUUUGUGAACUUGAGAAAAUAUUGGUUGAUGUUCUGCACUAAAGCAGUCUCUCCUGCCUUGAGGACCAUUGGGGUUGGGCAGUAGGAGGAGGCCUUUACUCAAACUGUAUUCCAGGCUCCUCACGUAGUACAAGGAUGUCUUUUGAGGAAGGCAGAUUUGACUCACUUCAGCCAAUGUGCAGCACUGGGUGCUUGUGACACCUUAAGACUGGCAAAGAAAUCCACCCCUGCCUGUAGCCUCCAGCAAACCCCUUUGGCCUUACACCCUUUGCAGUCCCCAUGGCUAACAUGUCUUCUGGCAGCACAGCAGAGAAUUUUUAAUUUAGCAUUAGCUUUGGUAAUGGCAAGGGAGAGUUGGGAGGGGUGAGCUGUGCCUCUGGUGGGUCAUCCCCCAUCUGUCCUGUGCAGUCUGACAAGGCAGAGAGGCAAAACCCACUGCAGAAACAUUGCAGAAAGCCUUCUCCAGUGUGCAGUAAAUGAUACUGUCAGCAUAUCCAUGGGGAUUAGGGGUAAGGCACAGCCCUUCAGUGCCUGCUGGAAUCUGGAGAGGAAAUCCACAAGGUAACAGCUGGCAUCACUUGUUCCCUUCUAGGUUUCCUUUGUCUUUGCCAAAUCCUAUUCAAUAACCAAGUCCCACCACUUGAAUAAAACCGAGAAAUGUUUAAUUCUCAAGUCCAUUGUUUUGUGAGAAAUAUUGCUGAAAGAAGGAAAGAAUUUCUUGGUCUCAUGAUUUGUGGUUACUUCUGUGGAGAGAGACACAUAAAAUAUUCAUGACAGAUCAUUUAUCUCAGCUGGGCUUUCAGGAUUCAGGUGUGUGCCCUUAGUGACAAGUUAUUAGAUGGGAUUUUAGUGCUUUGAAAUGGUUUUGUGAAGGAGGAUUGUUGGAGACCACAAAGUAAUUGAAGCAGGCUGGCCUCCAGCUGUCCCUUCUCCCGCUAGGAAGGCAAGGUGUGGCGCAGCAGAAAAGCACACGGAUUAGCUCUGUUUUCUGUAGCCUUUUCACAGCCAGGAGCCAAUAAAAUGAACUUCAAGGCAGAAGGCACAAGUGAGAGUGCAGCACAGUCUGUCUGUGAUGAAUCAUUACUUUGGGGUGACUGCUGGUUUAGAUACAGGCACGCCUCUGAAACGGCCCCGAGGCUUGGGAGCACUCCGGAAGAGCAAGAGUCCUUGGGUUUCCAGAAUGUUGGGUGAGUCAGAGCAAGAUGAAAAACCAACAGAAAACUGUUCAGGAUGUGGAGCUGCCAAGAUUCUGUGGAUUUUUAUUCACUGAUGCUUUUCUCUUGAAGAGUCUAAAUAAUUAAGCCCUUACCUCUUGUAAACUAAUCCAGCACCAAAGAUACCAGCUAAGUGACAGUGUUUUCAUCCACCAUAGAGCUGCUGCUUUAUAGAUACCUCUUGAAGCUCUGUCCUCAGGUUGCAUGGGUAGAUUUGCCUCCUGAGUAUUUAGAACAGAGUAACACUUUCUUCUUUUCGUGGCUCACAAUGCCUGCUGGUUCAAAUGGGAGUUGAGGAUAAACAAAUAUCUUUGUUCUGGUCACCUUUUCUGCUUGAGAUGUCUGGGACUUGUCAGUUCAUCCUGUCAGGGGAUUUUUGCUUUAUCAGUCUGCUGCAUCCCUGUAGGAAGCAGUCCUGCCGCUUGCAGAUUUUUUUUUUGUAGGUUUGCCUAAACAUUGCCUGGUACCAGGUAAAAUAACUGUUCUGGCUAAAUCGUGUUGAGAGCUGUGGAAAAGUGUGGUCCUCAUCCAUUUUACAUCUUGUUUCAGGCCUCCAGAUGAAUUCUUUCAGCACUGCUCAGUCUGGAAGGUAGCACCGUUCUUUUUACAUACCAGUCCUGAUUCUCCAGACUGCAGAGGCAUGAAAAUCAAUGUAGUGGUAGAAUUAAGUCUUCAGCUAGAAAGAAAAUGUUUACCUUAAUGUUUAUAAGCAGUACUUGGAUUAUUUUAAAUUGAUAAUCUGACUUGUUUUUAUUGUCUAAAAAGUUGCAUCUCAUCCUUGAUGAUGUUAACUAAAGAAGGUUUCAGGGGAAGUGAAGGUGGAGGCUUCACUGGAUUUUCUGCUGUCUGUGUAAUGAAGCUCAAGGCAUAUUGAAUAUUUAAACUGCCAUAACUUAGACCUGGAAAAACUGUAGAGCCAAGUUCUUAAUGUGUGAAUUCGCUUUCCACCAAUUCCUAUUGAUUUUUUUUUUUUCACCUUAGGCAAUGACAUUGACUAAUUUUACUUUGAUCACAGUUAGUUUAUAGGAACUUUCUUUGCUCCAGUUUGCAAGAGCUGAAUGCAGUUGUUCUUUGUUUUAUUCCACCAGAAUUCCACUAUGUUUGUCUUGACCUUGGCUCUUAUGAUACUGAAAGCUUUUUAGAGAAAGAUGAAUUUAAUCUGAUUUAGUGAUAACACAGCACAGUGCUGAUCACAAAAUUGAAGUUCAUGAUUAGCUCAUAUAUUCUUUUCAACUCUUUUUCCUUCCCAUACUCCUCCCUCCCCCAUACCAUUAACACUGUCCCCUAUAGCAUAUCCAGUCAUUUUUAUCCACUGACAGGAGCAGCACCUUGCAUUAAGCUCUACCUGAGGACUCAAGGACGAAAAUACCUGUGGAAUACAAGGAGCUCCAGAGCAGGUUGAGAAAGGUCAAUUUGGUUACCUUGUAUUAAUUUUCAUGCAGUGUUCUAGACAUGUUACUGUUGGGCAGAGCUUAUUCAGGAGAGUGUUUUCAGAGACAUGUUAAAGCUUUGUGAGAGGAACAAAGUAACAGCUCAAGCUCUUGCAGUGCUUCUGCCAUCAAUGUCAUGGUCUAGCAUCAGAUUUUGUGGGGAGUAAACUUGAUUUUGCAUGUUUGGUCUUGUGUACUGACUUAAGAGUUGUCAUUCAGAGUUAAUUUCCACUUUUUUUUUUUUCCUUUUUCAGUAGGGAGAUGCCCACAAUGGAAUGAAACUUGGAGCACAGAAGGCUAGGGACCUGUAUCUAAGCAAGUGAGAGCAUCUGACCUGAGCUCUCAUGCAGUGUGGUGUGGAGCACUUUUCCCUGCCUGCUGGGGAUGUUCACUUGGUGGUUGAGCUUUUCAUCUGUGUUAGCAAGGGGGUAUUUAUUUGGUGUCACUGGUGUGUGCUAGUGUGUAGGUGAAUGUCAAAAUGUAGGGUGAAAGGAGAAGUGUUUCCCUGCUAUACCUGGGUUUGGGCAUCUUGGAUGACAAAGUUUUCACUUAGCUGUAGUUCUGUACCUUUCCUUAGAGAAUCCACACACAAGGUAAAAACUUCUCAGCAACAUAAGAAGAAUUCCCCAUGCAGCUGCCUUUGUUCCUUGCCUCUGAGGAGAACCCAGCUCUGCCUCCUCUGCAUGUUGCAAAUAGCUGGAAUUGCUGCAGGAGGUCACUGUGAGUCUUGUACUGGGGAGCCCAAACACAGAGACAAUGCUGCGGACAUGAUCUGGAGAAUGCUGGAUGGGUUGGAAGAGAAUCAUUUUCCUUGGCCUGAUAGCUACACUUUUGCCAGUACUGCCCAGUACCUGUUUGGUCUCUUCUGCAAGACAAGUUUAAAAUGUAAGGAACAAAUCACAGAGUGAACUGGAUUUCAUUUGUGCAGAUGUAACCAUGUUGUCCCUCACUUCCAAGGGACAGUCCUAGCUUGGGUCUUUUUGAGCAGGAAGCAGCACUGAAGGAUCCUGAUCAUUUUUAGAGAUACCUGUGCUUUAUCUUAUCAAGUGAUAGUUUCAAUCCAAUGUGGAACUUGCCUUGAGUUUCUACCUGCUUCAAAAUCUUUGAGGUUUUUUAGGUCCUGCUGCUAAUAAAUUGGACUAGGGCAUUAAGAAUGAACCUCUAAAGGAACAGGACUUGCUUCAUAAUUCUCCUUAGUUGCACACUGAGUUUUCGAGUUUGUAAAUGCCAUCCUUCAGUAAAUGAUCUGUCUUCUCUUGUCAGCCAGUCUCUUGGGUAGCUCCUGUUUCUGCUCCUCAUCAGUUUUCCCCCUCUAUUUGUCUGUCAACUCCAGAGUCCUUUAAUCCAACUCCUAAUUUAAUUCCAUUGCUUGAAGGUCUGCAUCUGGCAAGGAUUUUUGUGUUGCAGUUACAUGAGUAAACAAUCUGUUGUAGAACUUUUCGUGUCCUGGGUGAAAAAUUAAGCCCUAGCUGCUGCUAUUAUAGCAUACACUACUGCUGGAAAGUGUAGCUUCCAAUGGAGCCAGCUGUGCUGCAGAAAACAGUUACACUACAAGGUCAUCUGGAUUGCUGGAGCUGAUGGGGUUGGGAGGCGAUGCCUUCUUGCAUGUUGAUCUGCACCUGAUGAAAACGCAGCUGGGGAAUCUCUGGGCUGUGAUUUGUUAUGUGAUCAGCAUCUCUCUCUGCUGGGUGGGUUGUUUGCAGCUCAGUGCACGUGUUUGUGCAUACAGGUGUGGAUACAUCCCCAUGCCAUAAUCAGCAGUGGGAAUUUAAUAGCUGUGAGGGUGGGCUUUCUCUGUUAGGGUGUCUUUCAUGGGGCAAUAAUACACCAGGGAGCAUUUUACUUUGGCCUGAGCAAGACAUUUUGAAAAAUACUUGGUUUUCUUGGAGCACUAUAUUUAAAUUCCAAAUUUUGAAUCAAUUUUUGACGUUUGUAUUUAUAUGUUCGGAAAAUUCUUUUGAUACCUUUUCAAUUUACCAACACUGAAUUAAAACCUUUCAGAAUGUAUGGUUGGUCCUCUCCUUAUGUGUCACUUUAAGUUUCAGAGCACGAGGGUGGUUGUGCCAAAUCUACCCCUUUGCUCUCAAGACAAAAAAAAAAAAACAUUGACAAUUCAUGGGUGGCAGCUAAGGAAGAAACCCUUUAAAUAUUUUUUUUUUCAGAGAAUAUUAAAUUAGAUCUGUGUAAACAUGAAAUCUAUAUUUAUUAAUGUGUGAGUGUGUAAGCGUGUGUGUCAAUGUAGAUAUAUAAAUGGUCCAUGACUAUUUCUUUCUCUUAAAUGGUACUUACACAGACUUUUAUACAGUGUGUUGGUAAAUUCCUGUACCAGGCACUGACUCUGAAAGAACGAUUAACCUAUUUUUGUAAUGAAUGUGAGCAGCCAGUGGAAGCAGCUUUACUUCAGUGAUUGCUUUCAUUCCUCUCGCAGAGCAGAAGAGGCAAUUUGGUACUUGCAUCUUCCUUGUGUAGGAUCCCUGCUUCUGGCUUUGUCCUGCUUUCAGCAACCCCAGUCCACCCUGCUUUUCUGGCAAGAAAACCCCCAAAUGGCACUAGUGAAAGCUGGAAUCCUUUUUUGUCUGCAGUUCUCUCUAGAUGCAGUAUCAGGGAGUUCUUUACAGAUUCUGCUCUGUAAGUAAUGGGACCUUAUUUCUAACAGAAGAGAUUUAUGGGUGGUCCAUGAGGAUGCUGUAAGGCUGAGGAAUUCCUCCCUGUCAGGUGGCUAAGCUAACAGUGGGGCACUAGGAAAUAGUUUCUUUUCCUCUGUGGUGAGAUUAUUUUCCUUUUAUCAUGCUUCUGUCUCUUUGUGGGGUGAUGGUGUCUAUAUCCCCUUAAAAACAAGCACAGAAGAGUUUUUCUAAUGUUUCCCUUCACAGGGAGUAAAUUUUACUUAACUGGCCAAAGUUCAGGUGUGGUUUAAUUCCACAAGGAUCACUAAACUCACAGAAGGGUGUAUUUUGAACCACUUGGAUCUUUUUAGAAUAAAAGCAGGUGAUAUUUGACUAAUCCUAAUUGCUCUUCCAGAAGCAGAAAUUCUCUAUGAGGAUCUGAGUGGAAGCUUCACCUCAGCAAUCACUGGCUGCUGAUGGGGCUUCAGGGAGGACAAGGGUUGGUGAUAGGAAGAGUGACCAGAAUAGGAGCAGUGAAAGGAAGCAGCUUUCCUCCUCAUCCAGCAGAAAACAGCCCCUGUGAAACCCAGACUUCCCCUAAUAUUUUGUUGUUGCCUUGUGUCUGCUGCCAAGUUAUGCUGUGAUCUGGAUCUCUGUCCUGCUUCUACCCCACCUCAGUUUCACUUAAAGCAGUCUGAGGCAGAGCCUUCCUUAAAGCUAAAGGCAACAGUGAGGAGAAAUGUCUGGUAGCUGAAGAAAAAUGAGAUUUAAAUGGAGCAGAAAAAGUGAGAAUUCCUUCUGUUUCACUGUCUUGCUGCUAAAAGUCUGGUGCAGAACAUCCUGAUGUUCUGCUGAUUUAUAUGCUGCUCUUGGGAGGUGGGCAGGCUGCUAAGUUGGCUCUGUAGCAAUUGAAUUACUGUAAACCUGAACUUGCUUAAUCUCUCCUUUUUUUCUCCCUCAAAUGGACUUGAAGUAGAGGGAACCAGAGUAUUGUUUGUAAGAUCUUUUUGCUUUAAUAGAAAACAGAAUGUAAAAAAAGAAAAAAAAAGCAACAAAAGCAAAACCAAACUCAUUCAAAUACAGUGAUACAGAAAAUGGCUUUAAAAUAUGAAAAUCUUACAAGACCAUAUGUUGUGUUGGGUUCUGAACAUGCAGUUUGUGCUGGGGAGGCUGGCCUUGUCCAGCCUGCCAGCCAACCUCCACGUAGCCAAAAAGAGCAUUUUAAGAGUCUGUAGCUAUCCAAAGGACUGUUAUCCAAAGGACUGAUAAAAGCUGUUUAGGGAUAAAUCAAAAGCUGUGUGUGAGCAAUGGAUGGUAAAGCUGGAAAUUCAGAUCCAACUCUGAAUAAUUGCUCUUAGUAAAAAACAGAUUCAGAAAAAUCCGACUCUUCCCCUGUUCUGCAGAUGCUCAUUCCCACCGAGUCCCCGGGGAAGGCUGGGAGGAGAACCUGAAAUACCUCAAUGGCUUCACAGAAGGGUUUGCUACAGAGAUCUGGGCCAGCCUUACCCCUUUCACCUCGGUUUGGCACUUAUUUUAUAAAAUAAGAAGGUGAUUGAAAGGGGAAACUAAAGCCAUGCUUGCAUUUCAGUUCCUGGUGUUGCCUGUGCAAGACACCUCCAGCCAGAUGUUUCGAGGUUUGUGGGGUUGUUUUUUUUUUUUACAGCUGAUAUCAAAAGUUGUUGUUUUACUUUUUUUUUUUUUUUUGUGACUUGUUUUCGUUAUCAGUGCUUUUUAAAAAGCAGGUGUGUAUCCCAAGGGGGGAAGCUCCAUGUGGGGCAGUGGAUGUGAAGUUCAUGUUCUUUCUCUGGCCAUGUUUGCAGCGCUGCUCCUGUGAGAUGUCCAAGGCAGCCGUGGCUCCCACCAGUGUGUGGGAUCCUGCAUCCGAGGAGCAGGACCUGUGUUUCCACAUCAAAUGGGAUACAGUGGUUUUGUUUGUUUGUUUUUUUAAUAUAGAGCCAUACAUUUUUUAAGUAAUUUGAGAUCUGAAUGUGAUUUCUAAUGUAUCAAGAACGUUAAUAUUUUAAAGCUAUAACAAAGGUUUAAAUUUCUACUUUUUUUUUUUUUUUUUUUUUCAUUUAUUUUAACUGUUCUGUUACCUUAAUUUGAUGUAUGUGGUUGGGGAAUGUUGCUUCUCCUCUUAGCAUUUGUUUCUAUAACCAGAAAUAAAAUUAUAUAUGAAAGAGAAAA